AUGUGGCCAAAGAGAUCAAACUGCUCUUCCGCGGUCUUUCCGAAUUCCACUAAAAAUAAGCGUGUAUCUGGUGUGAAUGACAUUGAGACUGGUCGUGUAGAUAUCCCCAACGAUCCAGAUGCAAUCAUCGCAUACGUCAAAAGAACUCCGGAAGCGAAGAAUGUUGACGAUGCUAUGGAUUUGCUAAUGGAUAAUCUGAGCGAAGUCAGCCUAAACACCAAGGAUCUUUUCCAAAUCGCAUCCACAGCAGUCAAGAACGAUGUCGCGAAGACCUGGUCUGAGGCCUACAUUCUGCUUGAAAGCAAUUUCGCCACCAACUUCGCCGCCGCAGCAAAGAAACUCGCCAACGGCGGUCUCUCCAUGGAUUUCAAGAUUCUGACUGCCGAUGCUGACCCCAACAAAGGCUUCCAAAAUCAAGAUCAACAAUCGUGCUAG